AUGAGGGUCCCCAUCCGUCGCGUCGCUCCCACAAUGUCCAAGGAGAAGCUGGUCAACGCCGACGACGAGUGGUCGCCGCUCAAGGCCGUCAUCGUCGGCCGCGCUGAGCACUCGUGUUAUCCCAGCGAGCCUCGGCAUUUGACGCGGGCCUUUGUGCCGCCAGAGUUUCUAGAUCGGUUCCGGCCGCACAACCCCUUCUCCGCCGAGAUUGUGGAAAAUGCGCAGCAGGAGCUGGACACGUUUGCCGACGUGCUGCGGCAGCACGGCGUGACCGUGUACCGGCCGGACGAGGUGGACUGGCUCAAGCACGGCGGGUACACGGGGGCGAUGCCGCGCGACCGGCUGCUGACGGUCGGGAACACGCUCAUCGAGUCGAUCCCGGCGUGGGGGUGCCGGCAGAAGGAGAUUGAGCUCGGCUUCAGCACCAUCCUGAGCCAUCUGUCGCACCCAGAGGACGCGGCGUGGCGCGUGUUCCGGGCGCCGGUGCUGCACGGGCGCGACACCAUCUACAACGGCAAGGAGCAGGACAAGUUUGACCCGGCGCACGACUGGGCCAUUAGCAACACGCGGCCGGCGUUUGACGCUGCCGACUUUAUGCGCUUCGGCAAGCACCUUCUCGGCCAGCUCAGCCACGUCACGAACCAAAAGGGCAUUGACUACCUGCGGUCGGUGCUGCCCGAGGGCUACACGCUGGAGCUGAUUGAGCCGACGUACGCGACGGUGAUGCACAUUGACACGACGCUGCUGCCGCUGCGCAAGGGGCUGCUCGUCUUCAACCCCGAGUACAUUACCGAGGAGCGCCUGCGCGGACUCAAGGCGCUUGAAGGCUGGGAGUUGCACGCAUACCCGUUCACGCCCAAGGAGACAGGCCCGCCCAACGGCCCGGAGCAGCCCAUGGCAUCGGGGUGGCUGGUGCUCAACGGGCUGAGCCUGGACGAGAAUCGCAUCUUUGUGGAGGAGUCCGCGACUGAGUUUGCGGAGUGGAUCAAGGAAAAGUUUGGCAUCGAGGCCAUCAUGCUGCCGUUUAAGCACGUCAACAGCAUUGGCGGGUCGUUUCACUGCGCGACGGUCGAUUUGGUGCGAGGGUAG